GUAAAUGAAUAAAUCAUUCGUAUAAUGAAACUCCAACAAUAAUUAACAAGUGAUACUUGAUAGCAAAGUCACCCUCUUGCCUAACAAAGCACCCUAAUAAAUUAAACCCUUUUUAUAAAGAUAAAAAAAUGCAGUUAAACUUUGACCCGAAAAGGACUUUACUUUAGCAAGUCAUAUGUCGAAUUCAUAAAAGAGAAUAAAUUCCAUUUUUUGGGAAUUCAACAAAAUUCUUUUAGAAACAGUCCCUUUCGAGGAUAGUUUUUGUCCAAAACUUUUCAUGGUUUGGGUUUUGUGACCCGGCCCAAUUGGAUAGUCCAACAAAUAGUCCGAAUUUCAAAAGGCUGAAUACAAAUUACAGUCCCAUAGUCUGCAUAAAUACCUGUACACUGACCCUAACACUGUGUUUGGCAUCAUCUUUUCUAUCUCGUUUUUUCACUUUACUCCUCAGUCUUAAUUGACAGCUCUUUAAUUCUCUCUCCAUACACGGCGUUACCCAUUCAUCUAUAUUUUAGCUUCCUCUGCUCUGAAUUUUUUAUUUCAUCUAACCUCCAUUAAAUAUUUCCUCUCUCUAAUGGAAGCUCUCGGGAUUCUGAAAUUCUGGCGGAGUGCUAUCGCUGGGGGUGACGUCAGCUCCGAGGGGGAUGACGUGCUCAACGCGGCGUCCGGCACCGACGACGAUGAAGCCGGCAAGGAAGAGGCGUUCUUCGAUUUGGAUUUCAAGUCGGAACGCGGCGAUGCGGCGAGCAAGGAUUUUCAAUUCAUCGAAUCUCCGAGAGAUGUUUUUCUGAGCAAAAGUGAUUUCUCGAAUUCGAAGAGUUUGUCGCCGGUUACCACCCUGCGAUCAGCCCCUAAGUUUAAAGUGUUUAUGCUAGGGUUCAAAAAAUCGUCGAAAUUCGAGAAGACUGAGUUGUCGAACGGCGAAACGAAGGCGAGUCCACUGAAUCAGCUCUCGAAAUCUUCGAAGCUCGAGCAGAGCAAUCGCUUCUCUUUGAAAUGCAGAGUGGCGGAGGCGCCGGCAGCAUCUCCGGCGUUGACCAGAGAUAACAGCUUGAGAAGCAAAAUGCUGAAAGAAAACUACGAAGCUUCUUCCGACGUCGUUUCGUCGGAGAAAUCGGUGCCAAAGUAUUUGAGGCUGAUUAAACCUUUCUACGUCAAGGUUUCGAAUAAGACGAAAUUGACGUAUUCUCUGACUCCGUCGUCUUCUCCGGUCACCGCGCCGGUGAAUUUGUCUCCGAGGAAAUUCUCCGAGGGGAGCAGAGUGGGGAGCUUUAAGAUCGUGACGAGGAACCUAGUAAAGAGCCGAUCGGCGUCGGCCGCGGUGGGGGCAGCUCCGCCGUCGAUCCGCCGGAGAGACGAUUCGUUGCUGGAACAGCAUGAUGGAAUCCAAGGCGCUAUUCUCCAUUGCAAAAGAUCCUUCAAUUCUUCAUCUCAAGAAUAUCCGCAGCUAUCACGUGCCUCAAGCGAGCCUUCACAGGGAAGAAUGGGAGGCCAAGGGAGAAAUUCGUGUGAGGAGCAAAAGAGAUGCAGCAUUUGAAUCCAACUACCACAACCAAAAAAAAACAAACACUACAAGAAAAAAUGGUUUUAGGGACGAUUUGUUAUGGUUGCUAAAAGCAAGAUAAUGGUCGCUGAAACUUAUAACGACCAAAUUAGGCUUGGUCACUUGUGGUCACAACAGGGUGGCUACUAAAAGUAUUAGUGACCAGCAAAUCAGUUGGACGCUAAAGACAUAGAUCUAGCGACCAUUCAAUAAUGGUCAUUAAAGAUGUAAUUAUCAGCGACAAAUUUUUUACUCGCUAAUGUUAAAAUUUAUGGUCGCUAUAAUAUUAAUAUGGUUGCUAUAGGUAUACAUACAGUAACCACAUAUUUUUGGUUGAUAAAUGAUAUUCUUUUAACAACCGA